AUGGACAUCGACGAACACCCCAUGCUACAGCUUCACCCCAUCUUGGUCCAGCUGGCUACCAUACCCGCCAUCGCAAUAGCAAGCUACAAAGCCUUGAAUGUUUGGCGAGCGGUAUCAGCACUUCCUCUCAACCCUCACUCCACUCCGACUGUGGAUGCACAGCCAACUCCAUCAGUCGUAUCAGAAGGUCUAAAGCGAUGGCGUUCUUUGACCGCGACCAAGAAGGCUAAACAAAUUGCCGCUGGUAUAAUUACCUUCUCGGUGAUCAUGAGUAUUCAUUUCUUUUUCGUCUAUGUUCUACCUAGAAUAUCAUCACAGUCAGUUCUCGAUACGAUUUGGUCAAUUAUGAUGUUAGUCAUGUUCACGGGGACUAUCAGAUAUACAUCGGAUCUCGCUUUACCCACGCUUAGAUCAGUGAGGUACCACCAACCCAAACCGGACUCCAACAUCCAGAUUGCUAUCGCCUUCGAGGGCGAUAAGAAAACAGCUUGGAAGAAGGAGAUUGUCCGUCAACUCCUCUCUCUUUUGGUGACAGCUGCAAUCCUUUAUUCCACUUGGGCGGGGUACACUCUCUUCCAUCCUUUCCUUGCCGCCUCAUACGUAAUCUGUACAAUCGGAACAACGAGGUUCUCAAGGAUGAGCAUCAGGAGGAUCGUCCAGUUUGUAUCGGCUUAUCUUGCUUUCGUACCCGUCGGAGGUCUACUCAUCGGAGUGGUAAUAAACUUCUUUUCCGGAAGUCCCCAAGACCAAGAAGAAAAUGGAGAUAAGAAGGACAGCAUGACUUUCGCCAGUGAUUGGGUGUUAUCAUUGAUGUUGAUCUUUGGCGAAGUGUUCGGUAUAAUGAUUCCUGCCAUUAUAACCGCCAUGACUCUCCGGUUCGAAUACUCACUAGCUCAUGAACCUGUCGAACGUCCCACCGAUGCAUCCUCCGAAGCAGCACCUAUCCAAAUACCCAACGAAUACCCUUCUUUCCCUAAACCCAUCUUCCUAUCAUCCUUAUUCUCCCAUUUCACAAGCGUAGUGAUCAUCGAAAUGAUCUCAUAUGUUGUACCUAAUUUCGAGUGGUUGUCGAUCACCCCUCUGACUGUUUUCAUCACUGUCCCGGUGGUAUUUGGAGGAACAGCUUUGGGGGCUGUAUGGUUCGGCAAGUUCAAUCAAUGGUGGAGGUAUAGUGAGGUGUGGAUCCCAGCUAAGAAAGCUUCAAAUACCUCCGGCGAUGACGGUCCUAAAGGCGUGGACGAAGCACAAGUGCCUCUUUUAGGCGAUCAAGCUCAAGAGAAGGACAUGGCGUAA